GUCAAAUAAUACAGCUGAUCGUCAAAAUAUACAAGACGUAAAAAAAUGAAAAAGCAAUCUUAAUAUUGAUUUUUUAACUAAAUUUACAAAUAUAUAUCAUAAUGGCGACUAUGGUUAAAGAAAAAUCAAAAGACAAAAAGAAAAGUAAAGAUAAACAUAAAUUAAAAAAAAUACAAGAAGUACAGAUUGAAGAGAAGGAACUAUCUAUAUCCAAUGAAUCUAUACCAAACGAAAUCUUACCUCAAACACAAGCUGCUGUUACAGAAACAACUAAUUUUCCAGAAAAAUGUAAUAUUAAUGAUGAAAAUAAAAACAUAGAAACAGAGCAACCUUUAACUGUUAAUAUUGCUGUUCCUAUAAAUAAAGAUGUUGAAUCCACAGAAAAUAAUUCUGAUAGGGAAACAGAAAAAGCUAAUGAAAUUCUAUUACCUUCAGCUCCUUUACUUGAAGAAAAUUUGUCUAUACCAACUACCUACCUACACACUGAAAAACUUCAGGCAGAAACAAAAACGAAAGUCACAUGCUUGCCCUUAGAUGAAGCAAUCAGACUGUUUGGUGGAAAAGAGUUAGCUGAGGUUCGGGCAAUUAGUGAAAAAGAGGAAGCCAUAGUCGAAGCUGGACCUCAAAGUAAACCAGAUCAUCCCUUAAUAGACCUCCUAUCUACUUUUAGAACUUCGUUGAUUGCUGUCGAUCGCGAACGCAAUCGUUUAAGCUGUAAAUAUGCUGAAGAGGAUAAGAGUAGAGUUACCAUUUGGAAAGUUGAAAAACGUACAUUAAAUUUAUCAGAGAAGUGUGGUUGUGGGACAAAUGUAAACCUAAAAGCGAACUUCGAUAUUGCCAAGUUGGAUAGGGACAUGUUAUCAGCAGCACGCCUGCGGUUAGAGGCUCUGUUACAAGAUGUGCAGGAUUCAUAUUGCCAUCACCAGCACACAGCUUUGCAAACGCAUUGUGAUAUAGAUGAGGUGGUAAACGAAACGAUACAGAAACCAAAUGAAUAUAUUCGAGAGGCGUUAGCAUUGAUGUUUGAAGCCCUACGGUUUAGUGACGCAGCGCCCAUGGCGUACGCUCAAGCGCUGCAGCGCUGGGCGAGCGUCUUAUCUUCUGCUUUAUUAGAAGAAAAUAACUUAAAUCAUCUGCUGUUUGUUCUACACAAUCUCUUUAGACAGACGAGGUCAGUCCAGUGGGCCGAACACGUGCUCAGCGUGCGGGUGCCGGACAUGUGCUCGGCGGCGCGGUUGGUGGGGGUGCUCGAGCUGCUGCUGACUCGGCCCGUGCUCGAGUCGGCGCACGAGUGCACGGAGGACAGUGAAGCAUGGGAAGAGCUGGACGAUACUGGUGAGGGGUGUGCGGUGGGGGAGGGGCGGCUGCGAGAGCGGGACCUGCUCGCCCUGUUACGAGCACUGCCUCUGAGGGACUUACUCGCGCGUCUCGCGUUGUUCGGGAGACAGGAUGCGAGUGAGCAGACUGAGCAGUGGUGGGGCGACGCGUCGGGCGGGCACGGCGUGCUGAAGGCGAGCUGCGGCGUGCGCGCGGCGCUGCACGUGUGUGCGCGCGCGCGCCGCUCGCACGCCGGCUACGCGCGCCUGCUCGCGCAGCUGCGGGCGCUGGCCGUCGCAGCGCUGCGAGCGCUGGCCGCGCUGCACGUCGCGUCUAGGUCAUCGUACGUAAAGGAUCUAGCGGAAAAAAUACCAGCGGAGCUGGAAGCUUGCUUCGCUGCGGGCUUCACUCUCCUGGGAGACGAGGCUUACGAGCUGCCGGCCGAGCUAUUACGCGACGACGUCGUCGAAGAGUACUGCAACACGCUUAUCGGCGGCUUGCACAAUAAAUCGGUGCACAUCGCAUCGCUGUCAGUGGAAGUCGAAGUGCAGUCGUGCGGCUUGCGCACGCACAUUGUCGCGCAAGCAGCUCUUUCCCGCCCGGAGGACAAGGAUCUAGCUAGGACUGUGCUAGAUUUUUUGUUUCAGACGGGAAUUCGCAAACCAGCCUGUAAGGGUCUCUGUGACGUCACCGCGCGAGAACUCCUGCCCAAGUUAUUUGCCGUUCAUCCUCACGUUCACACUUUGGCCUUCCACAUGCUGGCUGAUUACAACCAGGUGGAAGCGGAUAGCUCACUGUUGGAGCCGCUUUCCCUUCAACACUGGCGCCCAACGUCGGCCGAGAUUGUCGGCGUGUUGGACGACUGGGCGGUCAGAUGUCCUCAACUCUUACAGCAUUUGUUGCUGAACUUGGACUACACACCGAACACCGGCGUGGCCCUGGACAGCCAGGUGUCCGCGGGCUGGUGGGUGUGCGAGUGGGCGGCGCGGCGCGGCGGCGCGCCCGAGUGGGCGUGGCGCGCGCUGCGGGCGCUGCGCGUGCACCGCUCGCUGUGGCGCGCGCCCGCGCCGGCCCCGCCCGCGCCGCCCGGCCCGCCGCCCGGCCCGCCGCCCGGCCCGCCGCCCGGCCCGCUGCACGCCGCGCUGGCGCUGCUGGCCGGCGACUGGGGACACUCGGUGCCGCUGGCGUGUGGUCCUGGUGCGGAUGCUCUCCUCCAGUUGGCACAGAGUCGUCCGCUGGACGCCCUGCACUGUACAGGAUUCAUCAUGAGGGUGAUGGCGCAGUCGCCGGAGUCCAUCUCUCUGACGCCAAAAUUCACAGAAAUAUUUGCAACGAUCCUGAACUUCGGCCCGUCUCUGGUGCAGCGCGCGUUGGGCCAGCGCGCCGACAGCGGUGCCGAGCUGUUGCAGAAACUCGUUCUGGAACAGCUUCAAGAUCCAGAAAUCCACGACUCGGAGCGCAGUGCGCUGCUGCGCGCGUGGCUGCACGCGCUGUGGGCGCCGGCGCUGCCCCCCCCCACGCGCGCGCUGCUGGACUGCGCGCUGCGCCGCACGCGCGACUGGCGCACGCUGGACGCGCACGUCGCCGCCUUGCUGCAGGAGGAGCGCGGGCCGGAGCUGGUGUCGGACGGCGCGCGGCUCGCGGCGGCGGCGCCGCUGCUGUGCGAGUGCGCGCUGCGCCACGCCCACGCGCGCGAGCUGGCCACGCACAUGUACGCGCGCCUGCUGGAGCAGCUCGCCCGCCAGCAGGCCGCCGCGCAGAAGAUACACGUCGAUAACGCUCUCAAGCAAAUAGGGUCAUCCAUGUGCGAAGACGAGUUGUCGAUCCACCGCUGCGCGUGCGCAGUGUUAUCGGUACGCAUGCAGCACCCUGCACACCUACUUCUGUGGCGUCUGCUGCUGCAUAUGUGGUUGUACCGAAGGUCCGACUCCGCACCACCUGUCGGACCACUCUUCUUCAGUGGUCUAGUCAAAUCGCGCACUCUCGCACAACUAAAGAAACGCCUUCAAGAAACGGCAGGAUACCAUCGUAACCAGGUCGAUAUUCUUAAAGCCAGCGAUAGUGGAACAUCAAGUGCUACAGCACCAAGCAGAGUUAAAAAGAAAACCCCCCCUCUGGAUAAUAACUUGUUUCAAACGUUAUCUGUAAUAAACGAUUUGAUUGGAGAAUCGGAAUCCGAGGACUCGACCGUGUCAGAAGAGGAUAGCAAGACUGAGACUAAAAGUGAGAGCGAGACAAAAGCAGGAUAUGAUGUGUCUAACCUUAUCUGCUACCACACUGCGGCAGAGAAAAUGGUUCGUGAAUACUCGAUGUGGCUCGAGGAGGGAGAAAACGUACGCGCGUAUCCACAUCACGCGGACAUAGGAAGAUAUAUUUCGGAACAGGCCCUCGACGCGGCGUGGCGCGCCUCGCUCGCCGACGCGCCCGCGCGCCCCGCGACCCCCGCGCCGUCCGCGCCCCCCGCGCCCCCCGCGCCCCCCGCGCCGCGCCCCCGCACGCCCUUCGAGCGCGCAGCAGCCGCCGUCACCAGCGUCGGCGACAGCGAGCGGAGACGGGUCAACAUAAAGACUUCACACAUAUGCAUCAGUGAUUCGGUCCUCAAGGAUCCAUUCUUACUGAUUGAAAUGUUAGAAAAAUAUAUAGAAGAAUUGAAAAAACUUAAUGAACAAUGGCAGUCGGACUGCUUCCGCGUGGCGCUGCUGGACAGCCAGCUGUGGGAUCUGGUGGAGGGACUUCGCGUCCGCCGCCCCCUGCCCCCCGCGCGCGCUGUCUGUCCACACGACUGCAAGCCCAUAGUCGUACACAUACCCGAAGACGAAUGGUGUAUAUCUACUGGAGUGGAGCAAGCUAUACACGAGAACAGACGCAGCGCGCGCGCAGCCCUGCGGCGCCUGUCGCGGGCGCGCCCGCACGCCGCGCGCGUCACCUCCCUGCUGCACUCUAUGGGCAGGCGCGUGCGCAGCGCGGCGGCGGGCGCGCGCGCGGCGGCGCUGGCGUGGGGCGCGGCGCCGCGCGCGGACGCCUACCCGCCCGCCAGGGACGCGCUCGCCGCGCUCGUCUCCGCCGUCGCGCAGAGGUGGCUCAACCACGACGGCGUGCUCACAUCCGAGUUCCUCUCGCGCUGGAGCACCGGCAGCGGCCUCCAGCAGCAGCUGUGCGGGGUGCUGGUGACACCGGCGCGUAUGCCGGCCGGUCACUGGCCGCGGCUCUAUAGCACGGUGCUGGCGCUGCCGCUGCCGCCCCACGCCAUCUUCAGCUACUUAUCCAAGUUCGACAUAACCCACUGGGCGGAUGUCACCGACCCGUCCUCGAGAAGCGAAGUUCUUGAAUCAAUCGUCAAAGCUGCUACUCGGAUAGGCCCCGAACCCAAGCAGCAGGACUUGGUUUUAGUAGAAAUUCUAGGCGUUCAUUCCGCGGCGGUGGUGCGCGAGCGUGAGUUGUGCGAGCACGUGCUGCGCUGCGCACGAGCGAGCGCCGCGUGCUCGCUGCCCCCGCCCUACUGCGCACAUCUACCCGGACUGGCGGGCCGCGCACGGGACCUGCACUUGGAACAGACCGGUCGCCUCCUCCACGAUCUUGGCCUAAUUUGGUGGGAAGCUGGCUCUUCGACCCGAAGCAAUAGUGCGCUGUACGCUGAGUACGCUCCCCACUUCGCGAACACGUUAUACUCGCUGUUGAAAGAAUUCGUCGCCGCAGCUGUCAGAUGUACUUACACGCCUGAAAGAGUCGCCUACUGUUCGUGGCCCGUGCUGCAGACGUCGUGGUGUCCAUGGGUGGCACCACACAACCCGUUGUCACAAAUUGAUCACCAUUGCGAGGUCCUCGAGCGAUUCGUCGACACCAUACGGAUGGUAAUGGAUGACUGUCCAGGUAGCGCGGAGGUCAUGUUGCGCCACACGUGGGAGUGGGCGGCGCAGUGCGCGCUGACUGAGCCGCGGGCGAGCUGCGCGCUGCUGGCACAGCUCGCACACCUGCCGUGGCAACUGCAGUGGUUGCGUGCCGACUGUGUGCCGCUGGCGUUGCAGAUAUGCGAUAUCGCGGACGAGGAGGUCAGAGGCUGGUUCGGCCAGUUCGUGCGGCACGCGAGCGCGGAGUGCUGGCUGCGCGGCGCGACGGCCGAGCAGGUGCCGCCCGCGCUGGCGGCGCUGCUGGCGCUGUUCACGGCCGCGCGCCCGCUCGUGCCGCCCGAGACCCUCGAAGGAGCAUAUCAGUUACCAUGGCAUAGAUUACCCCUGCCGGCGCUAGAUGCCGCUCUCGAACGGUACUUCGCAGAUCAUCACAAUCCGGGGCUUCCUUACCACCAGCUGCCGCACUUCGGGGUGGUGCUGAGCGCGGCGGCGCUGGCGGGCGCGGAGGGCGCGCGGCGCGGCGGGCGCGGCGCGGCGCGCGCGCACGCCGUGUCGCAGUGGACGCGCGCGCUCGCCGCGCCCGCGCUGCGCGCGCUCGUCGCGGACCACGCGCGGCACUUGCUGCAAGUGCUCACUAAUCUCGCGCCGUUCGUGGAGCCGACCGAGCUGACGGAGCUGCUAUCGCGCGCACUCGUCAUGCUAUGCGUGCAGCCCGCUGACGCGAUCGCUUUGCCGGUGUGGGAGCAGUGGGUGUGUGCGUGCGGCCCGCCCGUGCGCCGUGCGUGCGCGAGUGCGGUGGGCUCGCUCACCGCCAUCGACAGCUUCGCGACGCUCGGCGACGCGCUCGUUAAGGCUAUUAUGAACGAGGAUGCCCACCCACUCUGUCCCCCAGAGCCGGCGGAGUGGUCGGAGGUGUAUUCGCGCUGGGCGGCGGGCUGCGCGUGGGGCGCGGCGGCGCUACUGUUGCGCGCGCGCCCGCACGCCGCGUACGCCGCGCUGCUGGCGCGCGCGCACCCGCCCGCCGAGCUGCGGGACGCGCUGCGGGCGCUGCACGGCGCAGAAAUCGACUUUGUUCAAAACGAGGUGAUCAUAUCGGUCUGGAUAUGCGUGGCGACCCGCGUGAGCUUCGGCGCGGCGGAGGGGGACGAGGGGGCGGUCGUGGCGCGCGCGCUGCUCGCGAGCUGGGCCGAGCGGCGCCGCACGCUGCUGCAGCUCGUCACCAUGCACCCCGCGGGGAACUGGCCCACGCCGCAACAGCAGCUGCUGUGUCGGCUGUCGCUGUACGUGUCGUCCCCGAGCGACGCCACGUGGCGCGCGUACGAGCUCGCCCGCAACGCGUGCGGCGCGAGCGUCCCCCGCGCCACCUUCGCCCCCUGCACCGCCCGCGCCGUGCCGUCGCUCGCCGUCACGCUGUACCCGACGCGCGGCCACUACUUCGCGGAGGAGCUGCGGCUCGCCGCUAGCCAGUAGGCAGCGGACCUCGGCAGCAUUGGGAGACUAUACCGAAAGAAAGAUCCCCGACCUCGCGACACAUUCAAAUAUACGAACUAUCAUAUCCACGACAGUAAGACUGAGCUGAUCCAUUCUAAUAGUGUAUAAGAGAGAAAUUAAUAUUAAAAACGGGUAGAAGGAUUUUAAAAGGAAUAGGGCUGUUGAACAAUUGUUAUGCUCAAAAUAAAACAAAAAAGGAGUUAACUAGUGAUGUGACUAGAUAUAUAUUUAAUAUGUUGUAUUUCUAUCCAUGUACCUUAAAUAUCUUAAAAGUAUAUAACAUAAAAGUUGUAAUUAGAUAUUAUUCGAAUAAAUGUU